AUGACGACUUAUGUUUUUUACAGUACUGACGGCGCAAUUAAUAAUUUCUUCAACUCGAACACUACUGUAACAAGACAGCAAUGCGAUGAAUUCGCCGUUUCUCGCGCUGGCGGCGUGUCCACUGCUUUACAGAUGCAAGGCCCAUCGCAUUCAACCCCUUUCUUUCAACUAUGCUUUCCAGCACUAACUCAGAACGGAAAUAAGGGCGUGACAAAGAAAAAGAACGGCUUCUCAGUGUCCACGGCGUCUGUUGCAACAGCUUCCCACGCAACCGGAACCAUCGCAGGCCAGCCCCAUGUCGUCGAGGUGGACUUAGUGCUACACGGUAAAUACAAAAUCAGCGAAAUGGCUUUCAAAUCCCUAGAAAGGGAGCAACUCACAGUGCACGAGGAGCAGGAGCAAGAGCCGCAGUUGCCACCGCAGCAGUUACAGGUGCAAGGUGUCAUUUCGAUGGAGUUAUAG